GCGGUGCUGGGAAUGGCGGCCGCGGCGGAGCGGAUAGUCGGGAGGCACCUGGUGCGCGGGGUGAUCAGCAUUCCGCAGGGGAUGGAGGAGAGCCUGAGGAGCGCCGGGAAGAGGGACAUGCUGCUGCCUCCGGGGUGCCGGGUGCUCGUCAUGGAAGGGGCCGCAAACAACAUGGUGGACGAGGCGGCGGUGAGAGCCGCCGGAGAGAUCCAGAGCUUGGCGCAGAGGCUGCAAGAGAGCGUGGCCACCGUUUCACUCCCUUUGCAGGUUGUCAGUCUGAUCCUGUCUGACGUCAUUGGAGAUGACCUGGACGUCAUUGCCAGCGGGCCGACGGUUCCGAGCGGUCACAGCGCAGACAGCUGCCUCCGGGUUCUGACCAAAUACAACCUGAGGGGUCCGGUAUCCGAGGCCGUGGAAAAAGCUUUAACCUCCCGACCGCGGCAGGAAGGGGCGGAACCUUUCCCGCACGUCCACAACAUCCUCAUCGGCUCCAACCGGACGGCCCUGCGCGAGGCGGAGCGCGAGGCUCAGAAGUUGGGUUAUCUCCCCCUGCUGUUCUUCAGUCAGUUCCAAAAUGGCCGCCACCUCCUGGUGACGGGACUGACGGGGACCAAUGUCAUGGACGUUCAGCUGCUUCUAGUGCGGAGACAAUCAGUGUAUAAGAAUGUCACAGGCUCCUCCCCCUUCAAUCCAUCAUGA